AUGAGGAACAAAGCCUCGGGAUUCCUGAAGCACGUCAUUGGCGUCCUCGCCGGCCUCACCAAGGCCAAGUCCCUGGCUCUCAAGAGCAAGACCAACGCGCUCAAGGCUCGCGUCGCCCUACUCUCCCUCCUCCGCAACAGGCGGCUCCUCGUGGAGUCCAUCUCCCACAAGCUCCAGACCCUCCUCGGCCCGCGCGGGCACGGCGGCUGCGAGGACGGUGAAUCGGCCGACCGUAGCAGGGCGGUCGUCCUCUACGCCCGCGGGAUGGCUCGCGAGCCGUCAGCUCGCGGCGGCGAGGAGGAGGACAAGUAUCCGGAUCUGACGCGCUCGCUGUCCGGCCUCGAGGACCUGGAGGACCCCGGGGGGUCGGUGAUCGAUCUGGUGAAGAACUCGAAGCAGGAAGGGGAGGACUUCGUGCUGGAGGACGAGAUCGACCGCGUGGCCGACCUGUUCAUCCGGCGGUUCCACCGGCAGAUCAGGAUGCAGAAGCAGCUCUCGCUGAAGCGGUUCAACGACGCGCUGGAUCGGAGUCCGCAGUGA